CCCACUCUCUCAUCAUCGCCUUUCUAUGUGUACCCUUUUCUUCCUUUCUUUAUUCCCAUUUCCCCCCCUCUCUUUAUAUAUUUCCCCUUCUCCCUCUCCUUUUCCUCUCAUUAAUCUCUUUUUACACUCUGGGUUCUCUUUUCUUUUUCUAUUUUGAUUUUGAUUUUGAUUUUGCAUUACUAUCACCAAAUGAAGCAGCUCAUCCGCCGUCUUUCCCGCGUCGCCGACGUUUCCGCUCAGUACAACCUCCUCCGCUCCGACUCUUCCUCCUCUUCUUCCGGUAGCCGUCAUCGUUCUUCGGCCGCAUCCGCCGCUAGGGCUGAAUCUUUCCGUGUGGCGGUUAAAAAGACGGUGCCUCAAGGUUACGUUCCGGUUUACGUAGGGGAAGAGAUGGAGCGGUUCGUUGUGAGUGCGGAGUUGCUGAAUCACCCGGUUUUCGUCGGUUUGCUUAAUAAAUCGGCUCAGGAAUACGGGUAUGAACAAAAAGGGGUACUUCAUAUUCCGUGUCACGUGCUGGUUUUUGAAAGGGUUAUGGAAGCGUUAAGACUAGGGGUUGAGUCACGUGACUUACAGGAUCUACUCCGGUCAUCCUCCGAUGACUGUUUAAAUGAUUUUUAGACCGGUGAAACGACAAAAAACGAUGUCGUUUUUUUUUCAUGUAAAUAUAUUAUAUAAGGGAAAAAAAGGGAAGAAAUGUAGGGUUUUUUUUUAUUUUAAUUUUUAGUUCUUCAAUGUAAGGAGGACUGAAACAAAAAUGGGGGAAAUGUCCGUUUUUUUUUUUUGCCCAAUAUAUAUUUUCUUUUUGUCAUGAUUAGUUUUCUGUCUGGCAGUUAAGAAAAUGCUGCAUUUUCUUUGUUUUCUUCUUUUUUUUCCAAUGAAAGCUGAAAGUGGAAAUUGGAUGAA